CGAAAAGGCGACUUGAGAGACACGCUCAAGGAGAAGAGAGGGGAGUCCACAGCGACCUCCAAGGUCGGUUCUGAGGAGCGACGGACGACAGUCGGGGAUAAAGGUGCAGCCGAGCUGUGGAAAAUGUACGAACAACUGGAGAAGCGGCUGGAUGCCCAGAACCCCUAUCGCCAGGCGGUCUUCAGUGAGGUAACGCCCUUCUCCAGGAGGAUAAUGUCCUGCCCUCUCCCAGAUAAUUUCAAGACUCCCCAGAUCAAGGCAUACAAUGGGACGACCGAUCCCCAAGACCACCUCGCUCGUUUCGGGGCCAACGUAGUCAUGUACGCGUAUCCAGAAGAAAUCAAGUGUCGGUGCUUCCUGGCGACACUGGAAGGGCAGGCUUGUGAGUGGUUUCACAAGUUACCCAAGGGGUCGAUAGAUAAGUGGGGCGACCUGGCCCACAAGUUCUUGGAGCACUUCGCGUCCAGCCAGAGACAAAAGCUCCCCUUCUCGCAUUUGCUCAAUGUGAAGAUCCGGAAGGGGGAACAGCUCCGGGAGUUCAUUAAUAGGUGGGAGAAGGAGGCUAGGGAUGUCCAAGGGGCGGACGACCAAGCCCUGAUCGCCAUGCUCCAAGCUGCACUCCCCCAAGGGGAUGUGCGUAAGGAGCUGCGACGGAAUCCUCUUUCGACCUAUCAAGAGAUGUUGGCCAGGGCGAAGUACCUGGCGCUAGAAGAGGAAGAUGAUGAGCCACCAGUCCGGAAGGAGAAGAAAAGCGGGCCACCAGUGGCAGAAGGAAAGAAGAGGAAGGAAUAUGGUAAGGGGCCGAACCCCACCGGGUAUCAUGCGAACAGGCAUCCCGUUCACGCGGUACAGUCGUUGCCGGCCCCUCCUCAUGGUCGGGAAAGCUAUGGUGUGCAAGAUGCACCCAAAUACUGUGAGUACCACCGUAACAGCACCCAUAACACGUCGGAGUGCGUUACGCUGAAGAAGGAGAUGGAUCAGCUGAUCGCUAGAGGGCCACCUCCUCGGUCAGAGCGACCGUCCACAAGUAACCGGACCUGGAGGAGGCUGCCAGCCCCCACGGCAGCGAUCACAGCAGGAGAGGGGCAAGAAGAUGGACGGCGACACCUAGGGCGAGAUUGUGAUGACCUAGAUGAGGAGGAGAGGCAAGGUCGCCGACACCUGGGGUGUCGGUUCAUCAUGGGAGGAAACACUGGAGGAGAUUCGGUAUCCUCCCGGAAGAAGUGGAAGAACAUGGUGUACCUUGCCGAGGUACAAAGGCCACCGUUGCCUAAGCGAAAGAAGAAGGAGCCUCUGAUCUUUACAGACGAGGAUUAUCCCCCAGUCCUCAGUCCUCACAGGGACGCUCUGGUGGAGGAGGGCGCACAGCGACCUGUGUACUAUGUGGCCCGAGUGCUGCGAGGGGCGGAGUUGAGAUAUACCAACAUGGAGAAGACCAUCUUUGCGGUACUGUGUACAGUGAAAAAGCUCACCCCAUAUUUUCAAGCCCAUCCGGUCCAUGUGUUAUCACAAAUUCCCAUCGGAACGCUUCUUCGAAGCCCAAAUGCCCCGUCACGGGUCAGCAAGUGGGGAGUGUUCCUGGAAUCCUUUCAAAUAGAGUUCAAGCCGCGACCGGCGAUAAAGGGGCAAGCAUUAGCAGAUUUCGUGGUAGAAUGCACUGCGAGGGAGGUAGAAUCUAGUGGAGAAGAACCCGAGGGGAAUUGGUGGACUGUGUACACCGAUGGGUCGUCCGCGACUGAUGCUUCGGGGGGAGGUGUCGUGGCGAUAUCUCUGGAAGGGUUCAAGGCAUACUACUCCGUGAGAUUCCGAUUUAAAGUCUCAAACAAUGAGGCUGAAUAUGAGGCACUGCUUUGCGGCUUGAGGUUGGCAGCCUCAUUAAAGGCUGAGCGAAUCCAAGUCCGGUGCGAUUCUAAGCUAGUGGUAGGACACGUCACUGGAGAAUUUGAGGCCAAGGAUGAACGAAUGAAGAAGUAUAGAGACACUGCCCUGGGGUUGCUUAAAGCAUUCGGGGCGUACCGGAUAGAGCAGGUCCCUCGGGAAGAGAACGCUGAGGCAGAUAUCUUGUCAAAGCUUGGUCCGGAUUCCCCGGAUCAUAUUAAGGCAAUGACCCAGGAAGAAGAGUUGCUCAAGCCAAGCAUCAGUCCCGGACAAGUGCUGAUCAUCACACUCAAAGAGGAGCCGGAUUGGAUUGAUGAGAUUACCAUGUACAUCCUUGACGGGUCGUUACCCAUCAACCCAAUCGCGGAAAAGGUGGUGAGGCGACGUGCACCCAGCUACACGCUGGAGUGCGGUCGGCUGUAUAAACGAUCGUACAAUGGUACAUUGUUGAGGUGCUUAAGAGCGGGCGAGGCGCAAAAGUUAAUGGAGGAAAUCCAUGAGGGAAUAUGUUCAGCGCAUCAGGGAGCCUUCACGAUGUCCAGGAAGGUGACCCUACAAGGAUACUUUUGGCCAACGAUUAUCAGAGAUUGCGCAGAGUACGUGCGCAAAUGCAAGCAGAUCAUCACUGACAACGGAACCCAAUUCGAGGCCGGGGGGUUCAAUGAGUUUCUACAGAGCUGGGGCAUAAAACACAGCUAUGCGGCGGUCGGGUACCCCCAAACCAAUGGGCAGGUUGAGAACACCAACCGUACCAUCAUGGAUGGCCUCAAGAAGAAGAUAAUGGAAUGCAAAAGUGCCUGGGUGGAAGAAGUGCCCUAUAUAUUGUGGACCUACAGAACUACUCCAAGGAAGGCAACAGGUGAAACCCCUUUCUCGCUCACAUAUGGAUUUGAAGCAAGGGCUCCAGCGGAGACCUCGUUGUUAAGUUAUAGAGUAGAGACGUUUGAUGCUCAAGGAAAUGAGGAGAACCUGAGGGCAGAGCUGCACCUCAUUGAUGAGCGAAGGGAAAGGGCAUAUAUGCGGGCAGAAAACUACCGCCGGCAGGUCAAGUCAUAUCACGACCAGCGGGUGCGACCAAGGCAGUUCAAGAUGGGCGACUGGGUCCUUCGGAAAAGGGAGGUCAGCCGGCCGACCGAUGGAGGAAAGUUUGCUAAAAGCUUCGAGGGGCCAUAUAUCAUAAAGGAGGUGUUGGCCGAUGGGACAUUUAGAUUGUAGACUCCAACCGGUGGCGACGUUCCGCGAGUAUGGAAUGCCGCCAACCUUAUUAAAUUUUAUCAAUAGAUUGUAUUCCAGCCAUGUCUGUUUUUUGAGAUUUAAUAAAUCCAGCUCUCUGGA